CAGUGCAGACGAGAACUUGCUUCAACGAAAAGCGCAGCACGUGCGGAUGAUUAAUUUGUACUGCGCAUGCGCAAUGAACUCUUCACUCACAAUAUGGCGGCUAAGUAGUAUUAUUUACUUCCGGUCUGUGAAGCGACGAAUUUUUAAUUAACCUUAGCGAUCUUCUUACUUAGAAAUGGCUGCGGAACAGAAUGAUGCAUUAAACGAACAUGUGAACGAAGACAGUAGGCACACAGAACGUGUCGAUCUGGUUUGUUUGAAGUGUAAAACUGAGUUUUCGAAAGAUAGACGUGCUAAGUUACUACAUUGUUUGCACACAUUUUGCGAAGCAUGCCUACAGAGACACACGGACGCCCUAAGGACAGAAACGAAAGAUUCAAAACAAGAAAUCACAGAUAAUAAAACUGAUCAGACAGUAAAAGAUGUGACUGAUGAAAACCAUGAGGCGUUAAAUAAAAAUAAGGAAGAAGAACUAACCAAAAACGACAAAAACGACAAAGAAGAAAAACAAACUGAAAAUCAUCCGAAUGAUAAGGAGGCUUACAGUGCUUUGUCAUCAUCGCCCUCAACAUCAAGUCCAAGUGUGAAUCCACUUGAGAGAACUGAGCAAGAAUCCAAUAAGAACAAUGAUUCUGAAGUCACAUCAACAGAUGAUGGCAAACUAAGAUGUCCUGAAUGCAAACAAGAAUACACAGAAACUACUGUUAUCACGAACCCGUUUGUAAAUUUGAGUAAAAAGCCAGAACUUAAAGCGGAAGAAGGCUCUUCUGCAGAAAAAUCCAAACCUGUUUGCACCUCAUGUGAUGAAAAUGAGACGGCCUCUUCAUUUUGCAUGGAAUGUGAUGAAUGGCUAUGUGACCCAUGUGUUGUUGCACAUAAACGCGUAAAACUGACAAAAGAUCAUGUAGUCACUAAUAAACUCGACCCUGAGGAAUUAAAGGAUAGAUGUGCCCUUGAUCAUCGUCAGAGGCAGAUGUUCUGUGAUGUUCACAAGACAGAGGCGUUGAAACUUUUUUGUCUCACUUGCGAAGCACUUACUUGCAGAGACUGUCAACUAAAUGACCAUAAAGAUCACAAUUAUAAAUACAUUGAACAAACCAUAGAGGAACAGAAAAAGGUUCUCACGGAUGGUCUUCAGCAGUUGAAAGAUAGGCUAAAGAGUCAUCAGGAAAUGGCUGAGAAAAUAAUCAACAAGGAGAAAGACAUAAAAAGCCAACAGGUUGCUGUAUUUAAUGAAGUGAGACAUGUUGCUGAUAUGAUAACAAAUGAGUUAAUAAGCUGGUGUAAAAAAUUGCUGAAUUUUCUGCAAGGGGUGUGUCAUGGACGGGCAAAAGAUUUGGCAUUUAAGAAAAAGGAAAUUGAUACAUUUGCGGCCAAGAGCAAUCACAUUAUAGACUUUGUAGAAUCAGCAUUGAGCUCUGGGGACGAUUUGGCUUUGUUGUAUGUUAAGAACUUCAUGAUAAAGAAUAUUAACCAGCUAAAAGAUGAAGAAAUAAAUUUUACAAAUACACUUUUAGAUUUGUCAAUUACCUAUGAGAAUGAUGCAAAUUUUCUGACAAAGAAUGUGAACAAAAUGGGCUACAUAAAGGUGAAUGGAAACGUAUACCCUAAGAAGCAAGAUGAACCCAAACCUAUUGCAGAACCACCAAAGAAAUCUCCACUCAGUGGCCUUACAAAAGAUAACUUCCCACAGACCAUUUCUGAUCUGUUAGGUCAGGAACCACCCCAUGUAAGGGAGAAAUUCAAAAUGUUGAGCACCGAAAAGAAACGGCAGUUUCUGCAUCAUCUGGUUGUGGAACACAAGAAAAAGGAACAGCAAGGAAACACUGCUCUUCCCUCACCAAAUGCAACAAUGAACAACAUUGGUCAGAGCAUGCCAAGGAAUGCACAGUUCCCAGAGUCUCAGGCCAUCCGUGAGAUGUACGCGCCACAAACUCUGCCGCCCCCCAACCAGGCAGGUAGACCAGGCUUUGUCCCGAUGUCUCAGUCCUACCAACACCAGCAGCAGCAAAAUUCCAUGUUUCAACAUCAGCAACAGCUACAGCGACAGCAGCACAUUCAGAUGCAACAGAUUCAGAAGCAGUUUGGUGCUACUAGACCUGGGUUCAUUGGCAACCAGUUUCAGCAACAGUCUAUGGCAUCACAGCAAGGAAAUUUUCAGAACUGGCGUGAGGCAAGUUAUACAGAUUCAAGGCACCAGUUGUCUCCCCCUACUUGGGCCAGACAGGGUCUGGGUGCUCAGCCCCUUGACACCUCCAGUGACCUUCGGGGCCAGUCAAUGUCUGGUGUCCCCUCCACCUUGGGAGUUAUGGCCCCUAAGCAGCCCCUAGUCUCCUCCUCUAACGUCAUUCCAGCCAGUCAGCUCCCUCCCUCCGGAAAAUAUGAUUUUCUUGACCCCCUGAACCUGCGCGGGCGCAGCUCAGAUCCUGUCCGUGUGAAGGAGGAACCCAAGGAUGCCUUCAACCCUUCUUGCCAGUACUCCAAGCCAACACCGCCACCACAACAGCCUGUGCAAUUAGGUGGCGGAGACAGGGAACAGAAAGAAAGGUCAUCAAAACGAGAAGCGGAAAGUAUUGAGAAAAGGAAACAGGUUCCGACGACCUCCAUGACCUCGCCUAUCAGCAGCACACUGCGGUCCCCAGCGCACACGCCAAGUCCAAGCCACUCGGAUGGCAGUGUCCAUGUGUCACGGUCAUCCAUAUCACCUGCCGUACCUGACAUCAAUGUGAUGGACAAUGACCGUAACGAGCUUCUCUCUGGCCUGAUCCAUCCGGGUGGGCAGCAGCGAAUCAGUGAGUUCAACCUACAGAGAGGUCACGACCCCAACGACCCCUCCGAGGACUACUGCGGGGUGUGUCACAACGGCGGUGACCUGCUGUGCUGUGACAGGUGCCCCAAAGUAUUCCAUCUUCCCUGCCACUGUCCACCUAUCAACAGCAAUCUCUCAUCCAGGAGAGGCAUCAAACAAAAGUCCUAUACGUUUGCGUUAUUACAUCCACUUGCGGAAGCGAUAUGCGAUGUGUGGACAUGCACCAUGUGUAUACCGGACAGUGAGCUGAUCAUCGUUUCACCGAUCGCUCGAGAGAUGGAAAUCACAAGCACUGGCAAGAGAAAAGCACCCAGCGGCCUUGUUGAUAAGGAGAUUAAGGUCUGUGAGAGGAUACUGCUGGAGCUGUUCUGUAUGGAGAUCAGCACCUGCUUCCAUGAACCUGUACCAAAACUGGUGCCCAACUAUUACAAGAUUAUUAAUCAACCUAUGGAUUUUGGUACUAUCAAGUGCAAACUCCGCAGAGGCCACUUUGCUCACUACAACAAUGUGGAAGAGUUCAUUGCAGAUGUCAAACUGGUCUUCAGGAACUGUUUCACUUACAAUGAUCCAAUGUCUGAUGUGUAUGCAGUCGGGAAAAAAGUGAACGACUUAUUUGAGGCCCUGGUGCAGCAUUUCCUGCCAUGCUACGCCCAGGAGCUGCUUAGAGUCCCCAGUCCCGACGACUUGGGUGACCCCAACGGCACUGGUGAGGGGCCAAGCAGGAACAAGAAACGCCGCAGUCCUGCUCCUGACUCCACUAGGGAUAACCUCAGCCCGCUGUUUCAACUGGCUUUGUAGCGGUGCUGAUGAUUAUAGUGACAAAAUGAGCCUCGCUCUUGGAAAAUAAGGCUUAAUUUAUGUGCGUAAAGUGUAAUCCCAGAUUAGCCUGUGCUGACUGGGACAACACUGUACUCAUGUGCAUUAAGCUUAAUUUCCCAGCGUGAUGAUCAAACGUUUUUCAGCCCAUAGAUGUUUGAUUUUUAUUAAUCCUUGUAAUAAGUACACCUUUUGUGCUACCGUAUUUAAUGUGCAUAUUCACAUGUAUAUAUAUGUUUAAGCUUGCCCUGUGGUUCUUUCUUCAAUUUUUUAGUAGCUGAUCCACAUUUGCUUGACACCCUGAUGUCAUUUGAUAUGGAUUGAUGCAAGGAUAUAUCUUUGCAGAGCUAUUUUGUAGGAUUGAUUUAUUUGUAUGACACAUUUAGCAGUGUUAGCAAGUGUUAUUUUUGUUGGUGAACCUUAUUCCAUAGGGUAAUUUUAGAUGUAGCAGUGUUUGCUAUACAUAUAUUUGAGAUUGAGAUAUGCUUAAUGGCAUUGAAGAUGUGGCUGAUAUGCCGGAACAAAACGAGAUACAAAGAAGUCUUGCUAUGGAAAAAAUUGGCUCCAUGCAUAUGCGUCAAGUGUCAUAACAGAUUAGCCUAUGCAGUCCACACAGGCUUAUCUGGUACGACAUUUUACACACAUUUAUGAAAUCAAGUUCUCUCAGACCGAGGUUCAAAAAAGUGUCUUGCUGUAACAUUUCGUAAAUAUCUCAGAAAAUGCAUACAUACUAGUCCAUUGUAAUUUGUGCCAUUGAGUCAUCUGCAAUGAUAGAGCAUUAAAACCUGUUCUUGUGAUUUAAAUGUGCAAACAUAAAAUGUAUUGUGGUUUGAAGGGGUUGUAACCUUUAUCAUCAUCUUCUUGUAACAAUUUAUUUAACCGCUGUUUACAUGUGUAUAUACUUCCUUGUAUGCAUAUAAUUAUAUCUAUGGCAUAAAUAUCAUAUUAAUUGUGUUGUUGUUGUUUUUAGGCAAUAUUUUUAUGAGUUGAUUAUGUGCUAUAUUUGUGUAUUGUGUCGAAAAUUACAAUUUGUAUCAUAAUUUUUAGCUCGGCUGUUUUCGGAGAAAACCCAAGGUAUUGUCAUAGCCAGCUGGUCGUCCGACGUCCGCGUCGUGCUAAAACCUUUACAUUUUGUUAAGGUUUUGAACAUUGGCUCUUAAAUCAAAGUGCUUCAACCUACAACUUUGAAACUUCACAUGUAGCUGCACCUUGAUGAGUUCUACAUGCCACACCAAUUUUUGGGUCACUAGGUCAAAGGUCAAGGUCACUGUGACCUCUAAAAAAAAAAAAAAUCUGACAAGCUUUCAUUUAUUAAAAACUGCACCCGCAGCCGAGCGUGGCACCCGUUAUGCGCUGCUCUUGUUUGCUCUUGCAUUUGAAUUUGGUUGUUGUAUUUUUUUCAAAAAAAUCUCUACUAGUACAUGCAGUCUAGUUAUCCUCAUCAGUAAAUACCUACCAUGAAUCAUUUGAAUGCACACAAGAAGCAAUCAUUUAAGAAGAAAUAUUAAGAUAAUAUACACGAUGUGUUAAAGACUAAAAAAAGUGGAAGUGAAAGCCUGCUGUCUGUGUAAAGGCAGAUCGUAGGACAUAUGUGCAUGUUAUUCUUAGAAUAUGUUUGAAAACGGGGGUACAUGUAUUAUGAAUUAAAUGGACUGUUCCAAUUUUAAAUUAGGUAGACUUGAAUGUUGUGUUGUUUUGAAAACCAACUUACCUCAAAAUGUAUUGCAAAGGCUUAAGUAAUUCGUUCUAUUAUUAUGUCACAUUUAUUUAAUGAUAUUUACUUUGAUAUGUUUUGUUCCGUUUAUUAUUUGGUGUUUAUUAUUGGUGUAAAGCAUUCUAUUGUAAAUAAAUGGAACAGAAAUUC